AUGACAAAGUUAAAUUAUAGAUUAGACAAGGAUGCCUGUUGUGAAACAAAGGUUUCAUUCCUGCCUAAAAGUGUGAAAGGGGAGACAGCCAAUGGACUCCACAGCAAGGUUGACGAUAGUGAGCACGAUAUCGGUGAAGACCCUUACUGUGGUGUUGGCUCCUGCAGGCCGGCUUUUGCGCAGAGAUUCAAAACCAUCUCCUGGUUCACCACCGUCUGCAGUGCUUCUUCACUGGUCACAUCUUCGCUGAAUGUCUACAUCAAUUCUCAAAUCACCAGUCUGGAGAAGCACUUUAACAUCAGCAGCUCUACCAGUGGCUUCCUGCUGUCCUGCAACGAUCUAGGAUUCCUGCUGACCACUUUACUGUUCAGCUACUACGUCAGGAGAAUACACAUCCCCCGUGCUCUCAGCUACACCACCAUGUUGUACGGUGCCGCUGGCUUGUUGUGUACUGUGGCUUUCCUGGGCAGUAAGGAUCAGAUUCCCAGUCCCCCAAAGGAAAGUGAUGACGUCACGGAAGAUUCCAACACACAUUUCAUUCAGCUAUGCUCAAAUGAGACCCUACCCACCACGGACUCAUGUGAGAACACUACAGCUCCGGCUAAGAGAUUGUUCCUGAUAUCAGACAGCUGGAAGAACAUUGCCAUCUUCAUCAUAGCUCUGGGUAUGGUGCUUCAAGGGAUGGCUAAGGCACCACGGACCCCUUUCACUACAACCUACAUCGAUGACAAUGUUCCGAGAACAAAGACAGCCUUGUACCUGGGUUUUGUCACGGGAAUCGGGAUAUUUGGACCUUCUAUUUCCUUUGCUCUUGGCGGCGUCUUCAGCAGUAUCUACGUCACUCUGGAGGUUACCAGCAUGUCACCCCGCGAUCCCAGAUGGAUCGGAGCCUGGUGGAUCGGUUUUCUCUUAUUUGGAACACUGGGUCUCAUCAUCGCUGUACCACUGCUAUUCUUUCCUAAGCACAUGCGCAAGCAGAAUCGUUGGGGUGUUGCUAAGGAAACGGCGAAGAAAGGUCUAAAUACAGGAACGAGAAUUUCCAAAGAUGUAAAAG